GUCAUCUUCUUCCCGAUACGAUCGCUCUUUCAAUAAAAGUAAUUAUCGUGUCGUCCUGUUGAAAUAAAAAUCGAUUGGAGGGUGGAAGAGGGAGACCUAGAUGAGGGCGGAGAAACAAAUUGGGGAGAUAUCUAUUACGCGCGGUACAAACGACCCGUCGCAGAUAAUGAAUUCGAUUGUUUGCUGGUGGUAUUAUCGCCCUACUCCCAGUAAUAACGGCCAAUCGGGAAAAGGGAAGGGCGCCCGCUGUUACAUUCGAAAUAUAUAAAUGGACCAAUAACUGUUAUACCGCCGUUCAGUCGGGUCCCUCGAUUCACCCGUUGUUAAACGCGCCUCUCUCUCUCUCUCUCUCUCUCUCUCUCUCUUCUUCUCUCUCUUCUUCCUCCUUUUCUUCCACCUUUUUUUCCCUUCCGCCACUUCCGCGCACACACAUUCUCUCUCUCUCUCUUUCUUUCUCGGGGGGACACCACUUCUCAUCACUGAUUCACGAGCGCACUGUCGUCCGGAAAAUAUCGCGCACCGCCCGUGUCAAUUGUCACGUACGCACGAGCGAAGGGCGUUCCCUCGCUUAAAGCGCACUUCUGAGUCAGCUCUUCCCUCUCGCUCGAGAAGAAGGUAUUUCCUAUAUAGUUCUUGAUUUGCGUGAGUGACCGAGACGUCUUUUAUCAAUCAAGGAACGAGGACGGACGAUAAGGUUCCUUCUUCGGUUAAUUUCAGAUGCGGCUGUGUCUCUCGAGUUUCGCGCACCUCCUGGUGCUUGUCGCCGUAGCCGACGUAGUCCUCGGCAGUCCUUUGACAUUCUUCCUGCUGACGAAUGCAUCGUACGCGCGGACGAAUGUCGAUGAGUCCGGUAUGGUGAACAGACUGAAGAGCAAUGUUAAGCCGCCCAGCGGGAGGAGGAAUGUCUUCACGUCAACGUGGACCAGAAUUGUGCAGAAUCCGCCGGAUUCCUUAGAAGUCGCUAUCGGGAGUCGCGUCGAACUGCAAUGCGAGGUAAUUGGAAAUCCGCCGCCCCAGGUCUAUUGGAUAACAGGAAACGAGCCGGAAAGGCAGAUUCAAGAGCUGACCGCGCGGGCCCAAGAUUCGACCAACUUUAUAGAACGGGAAUGGGACGGAGUCAGUCUGGUCACUUCCACAUACGUAAUCGAUUGCAUCAGACCCGAGGAUCAAGGUUUAAAAUAUUGUGUGUCCGUGUCUAAAAACAUAGUAGCCCAAUCGACAGCGACGGUACUCCUGGUCAACAGCACCAAGGCUGCCGAAUGCAGCAGCGAGAGCCAGCCUACCAUCACCUUGCACUCUACUUGGCGAUUCGCUCUUCAACAUAGCACGGUGAUUCUUCCGUGCAGGGUCGUCGGUCAACCGACGCCUUAUCUAUUCUGGCUAGAUAACUUAGACAAAACCAUACAUCCCGUCACGCACGAUAGACACACCGUUCUACCUAAUGGCGACCUGCAAAUAUCGGAUCUUCAGUGGUCCGACAUGGGUACAUACACAUGCAAGGUGCAAUCGGGAUAUACGGAGAAGAGCGUGUCCACGUUUCUGUAUCCCGUACUACCCGUACGUAUAGAAUUUAACUUUCGCAAAUUUAUCUUACAACUUAAUAUGUAUGUAUCUAAGGUCCGUUUGCUCCAAUGUGGCUCAACUUUAAGCCCGACUUAACGUACCUUUUACUUCUUUUUUUCUAGUUCUGAGAAUUAGAAAAAAGGUAAGAAGUAUAGGGAGUAUUCUGCUUUGAAACGUCAAAAAAUCCGAUUAUUUAAAUUUGAUUAUUUAAGUUUUUCAAGUCUUUAAAACAAGCAUUCCUCAAGCAUUUUAUCGGCAUUUUAUGAUUCGACGAAGUUAUAGACAAAAAAGUAAGCGGUGCAUAGGUCAAAAUCGAAAUGCUUCACGAUUAUUAGCAGAUAUUUUAAAAUAACAAAGAAGUUUAUAAUACUGCCAAGUCAUCACUAUGGUAUUCUCUGUUCAUAAUUAUAUUAUACUAUUCAUAUAUUGAGAAAACAAUUUGAUAACAAUAAUCUUAAAUGAUAAUUUGAUGAAAUAAUUUUACCAAAUUAAAUGUGUUUCAUUAAUGUAAUCAAAUUAUUCAUCAUAUUUUAUAGUAACCGUAAAAUAAAGUAACGAUAGUCAAAAUUGGACAGCAACCAAAGAUAUUCACCGAUAAAAAAGACAAAAUUCAUUUACAAGCAUCAGCACGGAAUGUGCUGCAGACGACAGAUGAGAAAAAAAUGAGAAUUAAUUGAGAAAACAAAAGGUUAUUACAUAAACUGCAAUUGCUGAUUAGUUAUAGGGAAUAAAUUUUGCAUGUUAUAUACAAAAAAAAAUAUUUAAAACUGUAAAAUCGUUUUUUUUUAUUCGAAAUCAUAUUUUUUGAUACUGUAAGACAAACUUGGAAACUGUCAGGAAUAUCGGCAUGAAUUUUUUUGCAAGUCAUAAUAUGUUUCUCUUCCGUUGGAACUAAAACUAUUAUGUACUUAUUGUUUAUAUUUAUAAAAUUUUGUAUACAAGUACAAGAUUUUUCAAGAUAAAUUUAAAUAAUUCUUCUUGCAAAGGCUGCUAUUUUGUCUUUGGAUUGAAUCUUUUUAUUUAGUUCCAACGAUAGUCUCACACUUCUUUUGAAUAAAAAGUUUUGAUUUUUUUGUUUUAGAUGCGCAGAAGACAAUUUAUCUCACCGUUUUUAUACAUUUUUCUUGCAAGCCAUGCGAUCGGUGUAUAACACACGAGACAGUGGCAUUUUUAAAAUUUAAAAAAAUAUUAUUUAAAAUGUUAUUAAGAUAGAGUGAAAAUAUAGUAUGCAAAUUAAGUUGGAUUGGUGAAGAUACAGCGCGAUUAAUGAUGCGCAAUAAUAUGAGAAACAAAUUACAUUCAAAUUUAUCUUACAAUAAUUCGAAUUGAAUUGGUAUGUAUCUCUUGUAGAUGGAUGUCUAAUCAAUAGAUUUCCUUAAGGAAGAAUUUUUAAUAGUUUUACGAUUAUUAGAUUCCACAUUUUUUUUCUUUCGGGAACAAUACAAGCAAAAUAUUGGAGCUCUAAUCAAGAGUUUAUCAUUAUCGCGUAUAUUGUUCUACAAGAUUUAGAGAGAAAAGUCUUAGAAAAAGAUUCGGAAUCCAAUUACCAUUUUAUUUCAGAUACGUAAAUGAUAUCGCAAUAGCUGUCCCUUCAAACCAAAUAAUAGCAGCACUUCUAACUCAUUUCCUCGAUUACAAUUUACGAAAUAGGGGGCUAUAUUAAAUUGUUUUGAUAUCACCGAGAUAAAUAACGUCAUUCUCAAGUUUGAUGAUAUCACAAAUCAUUAUUCUCGAGUAGAUUAAUUGUUUACUUUAUCUGUUUACUUCUAUUACCUCAUAAAAGGAAAACAAUAAUGAGUAUAAUAUUGAUAUAUUCUUACUCUCAAAAUUGAUCCAAAGUUCCACAGUAUGAUCAGUUUUGUUAUUAAUACGUUGCUAGAUAAUCUCUUGAACUUUAUUUUUGAAACGUACGUCUCAGAACUUCCUGCUAAACAAACAAUUCAGACAGAACAAUAUUGUUAACGAAUCUGAAGAUAGUAAAGAAUUUGACUCAUGAUUUAUCAUACUUUAUAUUCUGGGGAUUUCGGAUAAAUUUAGAUAUAUGAAAGAUCAGUGUUAAUAUGAGACCAGCGUUUUUUAGUUUGAUCAAAUUAGAUCAAAUUAUUAAAACACAAAAAUUCGUUUUCAAUCAACUUUAAUAAGAAUGUCAUUUUCCGGUUUUAUUGUAGUGAUUGAUGCAUCUUAUGUCGGACAGAAUAACAGAUUGCUAAAAACUAGAGUUGCAGCCCUUAAAAACAAUGUUUCAAUAUACUGAUUAGCUGUAUCAGUAACUGAUAAAAUAUCGUCAGUUACUGAUAUUGUAAUCAGUUUAUUGAAACACUUUUUCUUGAGGGAGAACUUCGUAAUCACAUUAAUAGUAACGUUACAAAUCAGUUCGUUAUUACGGAACAUAGGAUAAACACAGUCACUGGAGUAACUGGAGUUACUGGAAUACUGUAAAAGUUUUGGACAAUGAACGAGUCCUAGCAAAACGACUUGUAUCUGAAAUACUACAUAUAAAAUUACAAAACAGCGCCCUGAAUUUACAAUCGGAUACAGAAUUUCAUUACGCGUACAUAUCAUUCCUUAAUUAUACUUUUGCAUUUAUUCUGUAUUUAAUGUUACUUCUUAUUUAUUUCGUGUUAUUAAUUUUUUAUUUUUGAUUUAUUUAACGUUUAGACUAGCCAAACUGCCACAGUCACAAAUUUUAUCCUUUUUUUUUUACUUCUGACAAGCUAAGAGUGAUACAAUCUCUGAUCCAUUCGCGAGAUGCGAAUGGCUCGAAGUCAGUCGAUACAUUUGAAUUAUUGUAAUACGAAUUUGACUCUGUUAAUUAUAAUAUUGCACAUCAUUAACCACGCCUUACUUUCAUCAGUUUAACUUAAUUUGACUAUUUCGAGGAUCCGUUUUAUAGCUAUUAAAAGUUUGAUAUUAAUUGGCUUUUAAUCUUUCUAAAAAAAUUCCUGAAAAUCACUUUUUUCGACUUUUCAAAGAAAAACAGCUCCUUAACCAAUUCAGAACCGACGCACUAUAUAUAAUAACUCAAAUAUCUGGAGAAUGGAUUAAUAUUUUUAAAUGACUAAAGUACCAUAUUUUAAUCAAGAUUUUUAGUUCUAUAUUUUGAUGUACGUUACCCAGUUUCAAUCAUUUGUAAUUUGACUUUUUUAGGGUCGCGUUCGCUUCUAUAGUUAUUUAACAAAAUUCAAAAAAAUUUUGUUUUUAAUGUUCUAUUCAAAAUGAAAAAUUUUCAUAAUCCAUCGUUUUCUGAUUUCAAAUAACAACCAAUUAAAAAUAUUAUUAAACAAGCGUAAACAUUCAAAGUAUAAAUCUAUGAUAGACCUCGAUUACGUUUGAUAGCUAGAAACUUUUCUUCUUGUAUUUAAAAAGAUAAAAAUCAUCCAACAGAACAAAAAAUUUGUAUUGUUUGUAUUACACGAAUGAAAAAAAAAUCUAAUUUGAAUGUAAAAAGUCUGGGCUCUGUACAAGUUGUUUUUAAGUUUAUUGCACAAAAACAAAUUUUUAAUGUAUUGUUAUUUGCUAAAAUUAUUUUGAAAUUAAAAAAAAACCCGGUUCUGAAAGGGUUAAACCAAGAUUAAAGUUAAGCUACAUCGGUACAAACGACCUAAUUUUUUUUAAAAACAUAUCAAUACUCACAAAAAACUAUAAUAAUUUCAGAGAGACAUCAACGCGUCCACAAUACUCUCGAAAUACAUCCAGUCUAGAUAAGUCCUGUUUUUGAUUAUAAAAUAGGGGUAUGCAUAAUUUUUCGUAUUUUUUGUUUCAGAAUUCAAAAGAAAGGCAAAUGAUAAAUUCCUUGUAAAAAGGCUUAAAAGAUUCCUGCAUUUUCAAUGCUUUUUGCUAUAAGUAUGCAUAAGUGACUAAAAAAUUUAUUACACUCAUCAUUUGUCUAUAAAAAUAGAACGUAAUUUAAUUAGAAAUAUUGUGUAUUAAAGAAAAGUACUUAUUUUUUCUUAAUUACAUUUACGAUACCAGUGCUACUUGUUCUCGAAUGCUCGAUAUUUGAGCGACAGAUUCGCUUUUCACGUUAGAUCAACGCACAAAAAAUUUUUUCUCAUGUAUUCGCGCAUCGAAGAAAGUUUGUAAAUGAGUUGACAAUUAUAAACGCGAUCUGUAACAUCUAUGCUUUUGUAAAAAUGUUUACUUCUGCUAUUUGUCAUAAAAAUCUUGAAAUAUAGAUCUUUAGAAAGCUUACAAAACUCUUUGGUUUAUCGAUAUCCACAAUGUACAUCUUAAACUAUAUUUAAAAGGAUCUUAAAUACUACAAAAUAAUUUAAUCUUCGUAUUGUUUUGAGAUCAUAAAAUCCUUUCGUUGAACAAAAAUACGCACUAAAAAAAACUUGGGUAGGAUAAAUUUUACGAGAAAAUCGAAAGAAAAGUUUAAAAUUUACUUACUUUUGACUCGUAAAUCUGUCACUCGAGAUUAACGUCUUUUUUUUUUUACUGACAUAACGAAAUGAAACAUCUCAAAAUUCGGAAAACUUAUAACAAAUAACACUGAUUGCGUGCCAUUCCAAUCAAAAGUCUAACAAAAGGUUUAAACAGCUUUACGCGUAUAAAUUUUACUAGAGGUACUCUAUUGUUCUUUGAUUGUAGCGUCAUCUGUAAAAAAGAUUUGUCAACUAUGUUAGACACAUUCACUGUUCUGCUUGCCAUCGUUCACAUGCGCUAAGUUAAAUUAAUAAAUUUAUACACAUAAAACUGUUCAAUAACUAAACCUUUUUGUUAGAUUUUUGAUCAGAAUGGCACACAGUUGUCCGUUAUAAGUUUUCCGAACUUGGAGACAUUCUCAUUUCAUACGUAUGAACUACAGAAUGUCAGUAAAAG